CUAUAUCGUUCCCGUUCUGCUUGCGAUGAGAAAACUGCCCUGGGAACAGAAAAGACAGAAAGAGGGGCCGCAAAGGCCUGCCACCUCACGGCCAGUGAAGCCAACUGCAGCUGUGUGCGAUGCCGUGUGCUCCGAUUCUAUGAUCGUUGGAUCACACCACGACGACAAAUACAUCAUGGUCGAAGACGAACUGGUGGACAUUGUAGGCAUCGUUCUUCGGGAUACUCAUCGAUCCGAGUACCAGCGACAUGCAAUCGAACUUGCUGAUAUCAAGGGCAAAUCAAUCGAGCGGCCUACAGUCGAUGUACCAGCACAGAAGGAAGUGCUUGGACGAAGCACAUGCAACGACGAAGACGAAAGCGAAGAUGCAAAUGAGACACGGGUUUUGCUUGAUAUGCUGAGAAAACCCAUUGCUGAAAGGGAAGCUAGAAUCUGCAAUAGGCCGAGCGCGAUCAGAAAGCCAGUGGAUCCAGGCGAGCUUGAGGUAAAGACGUGUGCGUCUGCGAAACCGGGCAUACAGUGUCUUACGAAGCAGGACUGCACAAAUACUUCUCCGUCUACACGUCAGAGAAGAGGUACGAGCCCAGAAUCAGUGAGGAAGUCUCCAAGAGACUGGUCUAAUAUGGAUCGUCUGGCGACUGAGGCGACAGUCCGACAUAAUUCACAGAGGCAGCAACAAAUCUCAAGCGUCCAGACAGUGCCCAGAACGAGCAUGUCAAACGUUGCUCAAGAAACUGGGCCCGUGCAUCUCGCGGCACGGGCACAGGAAGCGCUGCCGGUUGGGUUAGGGACUGAUCAGGCAAACAAUGCAAAGCCACUUCGCAAUCAAUCUGCUGCAACACCAGGUCGGUAUGGCUUGACUUCUACGUGGAAACACGCGCCAAAGGCAUACGACAUCACUGCUUUUCUGUUCCGUGAUGCGCCCAGACUUCCCACUCCCUUGAAGCCGGGGAUCAAAAGGACGACGCCUGCAGUACCGGACAAAGACGAAGGGCAAGGGGGAGGGGAAAAGAAAAAGAAAAAGCGAUCGCUGCUGGACGAACUCUCGUGGCUAUCUUAAGGUUAUCGGGCUAUCGUCCUAAUAACUACUAUCACGUGAUGCAUACCAAGUAUGUCGCGCCACACCUGAAUUUCUUAGGUGCGCUCUCGCUCGAAGGCAAAAAAAAACUCCAAAGGCAAGAAAGAACUCCUCCUAUAACCUUUCCGGGCCUUGAUCCUUAGCGAAACCACCGUCGCCAUGUCUGU